GUACCCCACACACAGUCACACAGUCGCACUCGGUGUGGACCAUAAACCCAAUAUUUGCACAAUUUUCUUUCUCAAUCCCUAAAAUUUCUGAAAUUACUCCUUAAAUUGAAAAGAGUAUAUGCAGCUGGUAGAUUGGAUCGAACGGAGACCUCAGUUUUUUGACACAAAUCAGAGUGUCUGAUAAUGUUUUUUUCUUGAGAUCUGAAAUUCCGGGAAAAAGAAUCAAGUGGGAUUGAGAAGAAUAUCUCCAUUUCGCUUCAAAUUUCAAUUUCUUAGGUUUUCUUGAUUUAGAUCCGGAGGCGAUGAGCUCCGCCGUCAAAUUUCUCUUCGUCUUCGUAUUGUCGUUCGCGUUCUUCGUCGCCUCAUCUCUGGGCAAGUAUCAGGAGGGUGAAGCUGUCACCUUGUGGGUGAACAAGGUUGGACCUUAUAACAAUCCUCAAGAAACCUACAACUAUUACACCCUUCCCUUUUGUCGCCCAAAGGGCAAGGCAACUCAUAAGUGGGGUGGACUCGGUGAGGUCCUCGGAGGAAAUGAGCUUAUCGACAGCCAAAUCGAAAUAAAAUUUAAGAGAGAUGUGGAGAAAACUCCAAUUUGUGAAAUUGAGCUCGAUGCCACAAAGGUCAAACACUUUAAGGAUGCAAUUGAUAACUCCUACUGGUUUGAGUUUUUUAUGGAUGAUUUGCCGUUAUGGGGUUUUGUUGGUGAGGCGCUCCCUGACAGAACCCAUGAUAAUAGACACGUGCUUUUAACACACAAGAAUCUUGUGAUUAACUACAAUGAGAACCAGAUCAUUCACGUAAAUCUUACCCAAGAAAAUGCCCAGCCGCUUGAAGAGGGUAGAGUAUUGGAAAUGACAUACUCUGUUAAAUGGGUUCCAACUAAUACUUCGUUUGCACGCCGUUUUGAUGUCUAUCUGGACUACCCUUUCUUUGAGCACCAGAUUCACUGGUUCUCCGUCUUCAAUUCUUUUAUGAUGGUAAUUUUCCUUACUGGGUUGGUCUCGAUGAUAUUAAUGCGCACUCUCCGGAACGACUAUGCUAAAUAUGCACGGGAAGAUGAUGAUCUGGAGACACUGGAACGGGAUGUAAAUGAAGAAUCUGGUUGGAAACUUGUCCAUGGCGAUGUGUUUAGGCCUACCCAACAUCUAGCUCUACUUUCAGCUGUUGUUGGCACUGGUGCUCAGCUAUCAACACUUGUACUUCUUGUCAUCAUAUUAGCAAUCGUCGGAAUGUUGUACAUAGGGAGAGGAGCAAUUGUCACAACAUUUAUUGUAUGUUACGCAUUUACGUCAUUUAUUGCUGGUUAUGUGAGUGGUGGCAUGUAUUCCCGCCAUGGUGGUAAAAGUUGGAUAAAGUCGAUGAUCCUCACGGCAUCACUUUUCCCCUUCUUGUGUUUUGGCAUUGGUCUGAUAUUGAACACAGUUGCCAUAUUCUAUGGUUCUCUAGCCGCCAUUCCCUUUGGUACCAUGGUCGUUGUUUUUGUCAUAUGGGCAUUCAUUUCUUUUCCUCUCGCACUUCUUGGAACUGUUGUUGGAAGAAACUGGAGUGGUGCUCCAAACAAUCCUUGCCGGGUGAAGACAAUCCCUCGUCCAAUUCCAGAGAAGAAGUGGUAUCUCACACCUUCUAUCAUCUCUCUCAUGGGAGGUCUUCUUCCCUUUGGAAGCAUUUUUAUCGAAAUGUACUUCGUCUUCACUUCCUUCUGGAAUUACAAGGUCUACUAUGUAUACGGCUUCAUGUUGCUUGUGUUUGUGAUCUUGAUCAUUGUCACUGUCUGUGUAACGAUUGUCGGGACAUAUUUCCUGCUGAAUGCCGAGAACUAUCACUGGCAAUGGACUUCGUUCUUCUCCGCUGCAUCCACUGCUCUCUACGUCUUCCUCUACUCUAUAUACUACUACUAUGUCAAGACGAAGAUGUCGGGUUUCUUCCAAACCAGUUUCUACUUCGGGUACACAUUGAUGUUCUGCCUCGGUCUAGGAAUACUAUGCGGUGCUGUCGGCUAUCUGGGCUCGAAUCUGUUUGUCAGGAGAAUCUACAGAAACAUCAAGUGUGACUGAGCUCCGGUUAUUUGCAGUCCUUUUACUUGAUCAUUCCAACGUUAGUUUACGCGAAACCGGAGACCACCACGAAAAUUUAACAGUUGUGAGGAAUUUUUUGCAGCAGGAUCCUGGAACGUUCACUGGGAUAUUUGGAUUUUGACCCUACUACUAUUACAAAAUGUUUGUAGCUUGUAUAAUUUUUGGUGGCAUAGGCCAUUUAUACUCCUCUCCCAUUUCUAUUAAUGUAGACUCUUGUUCAAUGUCAAAGAAUUAUACUUGGGAACCGAGCUAAUCAUUUCAUCAAGAAACUGCAUAUUUUCAUUGAA